CGGCGCCCUCAUUGGUCGGCGCUCCGUCUGCAGACGAGACAGUCACAGCGUCAGAUUUCGCCAAAGAAACGUAUUCACCUGGCAACACUCUCGCCGUGAGCCAGGACAAGUUGCUGCGCUGUCCUGGUAGUCUGUGCUCGACAUUUUCAUUCUGUUUUCUUAGUCUGCGUUUACAUUCCUCUGUGUGCUACUCAUCGAAUCGUCAUACAAAAUGUCCAACAAAGAAUCAGCCGCUUCUUCCGGCAUUGUGGUCGACACAGCGACAGGCGAACGCCAUGUCCCAUCCUCGACCCGUGCGGACGGCUCAAAGCGCAAGGAAAUCCGUAUUCGCCCAGGAUAUCAGCCUCCAGAAGACGUCAAGGUCUAUAAGAACCCGUCGGCAGCCGCAUGGCAGACUCGGGGAAAAGGCGGUGUUCCAGGCGCUGAAGGGCUCGGUACUAGCGGUGGCAGUCCAGCUGCAAGCGCUGCAAGCAACAAGAAUGCAAAACGUCGAGAGGCGAAGAAGAAGGCUAAAUCUGAGGAGAAAGCAGACGAUGAAAAUAAGCCCGGCGUAGCUGGGCUAGAUGCUGGCAAAGAAGAGGUUGCUCAGAAACCGCUGGACCCUGAAGCCGAAAAGGAAAAGAAGGCUCGCAAUUUGAAAAAGAAACUUCGACAAGCGCGCGAUCUUCGUGACAAGAAAGACAAGGGCGAAUCCCUUCUUCCAGAACAGUUGGCGAAAAUCAUUAAAAUCAAUGAGCUCAUCCGGGAACUAGACUCCUUGGGCUUUGACUCGGAUGGGGAUACGAAGCCAUGAGUAUGAUUGCUCGAAAUGGGCUCAUCGGAGUGAUGGAAUAGAGCAAGUGCUCUUUCAGAAUCAGUAUUAUCUACCAGCUACGGUAUCCAAGGCUAUCAGCUAUCGAGUGUGACAAGAACACGGCCAGAGUAUUGUCUAUCACACAGCGGUACACCAGUCAGUGGAAGACGAACGAAGGAUGGUCUAUUAGAAGAGUGUUUAAACCAUGGUUUUCACGAUACUUUGAUGUAAAAUUGCUGUGGUGACAAGCGUUCAGAUAUUCGUGACUUUCACAGUAGGAAGACACUUUCGUUCGCGAGCUUGGACAAGAUGCAAACGAUUUGACUGAACAAACGCCGUUAUGUGGUGAAGAAUCAGGGUUCCUAUUCUUCAGAAUAUUGAUUCCAUGUUGUGCUUAUUAGAGGUAUUGCGCUGAAAGAUACCAUUGUAAUAUAUUAUAUACAGUUUUUCAA